UGUAUUAAAAUGGGAAAUAAAAUCCAUGACUACUGAAACYGCCUCAUUGCCGCACAAGACCUGCAUAAAUAUCCUCUGAUUKCCAAAAAUUUCAAAUGUGAGCGACUUGGUCCAUAGUGUCUGAAAGAAGAAAAAGAACCCAGAUGAUAUGAGAUCAUGGAAAGAAAUCUGAUGAAACCAGCGUUUGGGUUUUUAAUUUAUUGGUGAAUGGAGUUCUUAAUCUUCAGAAAUGGAGGAAAGAUGAAAGAAGAAUAAGAACAAUACGAUUUUUUCCUCGUUUGUUGCAGCAAUGGGGUUUCUUAAUGUUAUCCUGACGCGGGUUUUCUAGAGAGAGAGCGAGAAAGGAGUUCUUGAAGUGGGGAUUUGAGUUUCGGGAGAAGAAGAAAAAUGGUGGGCGAAAAGGAGAAGAGCGAGACGAUGAACCUCAUACUCACUGAUCCCCAGCUUCUUGAAUGCUAUAUUUGCCGCGAACCCUUGUCCACGCCUCUCUUUCAGUGUAAGAAUGGGCAUAUUUCUUGCUCAAGCUGCUGCACCAGAGCUCACAACAAAUGCUCUAGCUGUGGCUCGGAAAUUGGCCAUAUGCGUUGCAGAUCAAUGGAAACGCUUUUGGAGUCAAUCAAGAUAGAGUGUCAAAACUCAACAUACGGCUGCAAAAAGACGAUAUAUUGGAACAAGAGAAAUGACCAUGAGUCAUCAUGCGUGUACAAACCAUGUUCGUGCCCUUUAACCGAUUGCUCAUUUGUUGGUUCAUCCGGACAGUUAUCAUCGCAUUUCACGAAGAAGCACAAAAACUCAGCCAAGAGCUUCUCCUAUGAUUCCAAAUUCACCAUGUGCUUCAACAAUGGUGAAACUUAUCGUAUUCUUCUCGUAUUCUUCAAGAAGAGAAAGAUGGAACCCUGUACCUCCUUUCUUAUACAUCCGAACCUUUUGGGAAAGCGGCAACUGUGAGUCGGAUUGGACAUUCGUUGUCGAGGAGAAAGUUUCACUAUGAAAUCAAAGCAAAAGCUGAGGAGCGUGUUCUUCGUUCGCAAUCCAUAGUGAGGGAGAUCCAAGCUCGGGUUGAGGUUCCCCCUCCUUCAAAUGGAUCCCUUUUGAUUCCAAAGGACUUCUUUGAAUCUUCAUCCCAGCCGACCUUGGAGUUACGCAUCUGGCCUGCAAGCCAAAAAAAAAAACACUGAAUUCAAGCCACCAGUUUGUUGGCUUGGCUGUGAAUGCGAUCUUGGUUGCCUUUUCUUUUGCAUCUCUUUUGUAUUGUAUCCCUGUAAAGGCCUUUGGUUAAUUUCCUGUGUAUUGCAAUUUGUAUCGAGGAAUAUGUAUAUGGUUUAAGAAUCGAGUGAUGUUUAACUUGAGCAUGGUUGAACUUGUUAAGAUAUGUAUUCCUAUUAAAAGGUGGAAGGUUCGAAUCUGCACGUCUACCUGUUGAACUAAAAUAAAAACCAAGGGACAUUUGGUACGUGUGCAUUGGUAUCAUGCA